AUGUCUACAGGAGCAGAAAAAUGGAUGGUAGUCCAUGAUGUAUCAAGAAGUGAUGGUUUAAGCGCAAUCAUACCGGCCUUUGAAAGCUUACAGAUUAGAUCAGGUGAUGAGCUGACACUCCUUGGAGUUAUUCACCAGCUUAGUCCUGUGAAAAGUAAAAGCAUGAUGGAUGACAGUGGAUCACACACCAAAAGUAAGGAUGAUGAACAGAUGAGAAAGGAGGAGUACCUUAAACGAUCAGAAGUAAUAGAAUUGUCUAUGAUUUGUGCAAAUAAAAAGAUAAUGUUCCUGGUUGAUGUGCAAGCUGCAUCUUCUCCUAAAACGGUGGUUGUACAAGCUGCAAAGAGUUUAAUGGCAACAUGGGUAGUACUCGACAGGCACAUGAAGAAAGACAAGAAAUACUAUAUGGAUAAGCUUGAAUGCGGCAUACUAAGAAUGAAAAGCAAUAACAAAAUCGGAAGGCUGAGAGGACCAAUAGUAGAGGACAAGAAGCCAAAACUGGGGAGAAGGACUACAAGCAGUGAGCAUGUCUCAUAUGGCGAAAUGAUACCAGUUAUGUCAAACCAAGCACUUUCCAAAAAGAAAACAAGUGGUCAAAAGGCAACAAACUUGCUUAAACAAGAAGGUAGCAACAGAGGUGGUACAUCUUCAUGGGAUAAACCGCAGGUUUCAUCUUCCUUCUCAUCUACAGACCAGAAAUCCUCAUCUCCAUCGAUAGCUUCCACCUCAAGCUUCACAAUUUCUGAAGUUUCAAGCUCUACAGAUGGAAGAAACUUUUCUGCAAUGCAUAUUGAUCAGGAAGGAAAUGACUCUAAAAACAAACAACCUUCAAAUUUUACUCCCAAGAGUAAAGAUUGGUGCAAGGUCGAAUCAUUUGAUGAUCAAACAGAAGGGUGUCAAGAAGAAGAGGAAUUCAAAUAUUCCAUCUGUUCGGUUUGCCAGAACAAACGUCCUAGUAUUCGGUUAAAGAGAGACUUCAGUUAUACCGAUCUGGAACAAGCUACUAAUGGUUUCUCUCAGAAGCACUUUCUAUCAGAAGGCGGAUUCGGUUCAGUGUAUAAAGGAGAACUAAAAUGUGGAUUACAAGUUGCUGUCAAACAACAUAAAGAUGCCAGUUCUCAAGGCGAGAAAGAGUUCAAGUCUGAAGUUAAUGUACUUAGCAAAGCCCGACACCCAAAUUUGGUUGUGUUGUUAGGAUCAUGCUCAGAAGGAACACACAGACUGCUUGUUUAUGAGUUUGUCUGCAAUGGUUCUUUGGAUGAACACUUAUCAAGCCAUGAACUCACCUGGGACAAGAGAAUAAAAAUUGCACUUGGUGCUGCUAGAGGCUUAAAUUAUCUUCAUAAAAUAAACAUCAUACACAGAGAUAUGAGGCCAAAUAACAUUCUUGUAACACAUGACUAUGAACCUCUGCUAGGUGACUUUGGUCUAGCAAGAACAGACUGUGUUGAUACUGAUGAGACUGGUGUGGUUGGGACCCUUGGAUAUGUAGCACCAGAGUAUGCAGAAUGUGGAAAGGUGUCAACUAAGACAGAUGUUUACUCUUUUGGCGUGGUACUAUUACAGCUGAUCACUGGAUGUAGGACAAGAGAGAAGAAAUUUGAUGGAAAAACACUAGUAGAAUGGGCAAGACCACUUCUUGAAGAAAGAGUUUUCCCCGAUUUAAUCGAUGAAAAGAUUCUUGAUGAUGUCCAUGUCUUCCAGCUUUAUCUCAUGGUAAAACUAGUAGAUAAUUGUCUCAAGAAAGAUCCUGCCCAACGAGAGACCAUGGAAGACGUGGUGCUGGAUUUAGAAUGCAUUCAGAAAGGAACUACAAGGUACAGAGAACUAAAGCAAUGCUAAACGGAUGGAAAGAACAUAUAUUUCUUACCCACAUACAACUACUACGCAGGAUGUCGAAAUUGUAUAUGCUUCAUGUCAAAUAUUCACAAAUAUGACAUUCAUGCUCUGACUCUCUGUAUCAACAGGAUGUCUAAUGUAUUUGAACAUACCCAUGUUUGUUUUACUAGUUCUUAAAAA